GUCUGCUUCAAUUCCAGUCUGUCCCUACAACUUUCUGCUGUAUUCAAUCGCCGAAGGUCGAUCACUUUGCUAUAUUACAUCGUAUACAAGCAAAAAGAACCGCCUUCGAGUUGCUCGCUAAUUGUCAUUCGAAAACUUACGGAUUACUGGUUUUUGUGUUUCAGUUACAUAAAGUGGUUCCUAUCUCACCGGCCUUGUAGAAAUUAGGUAUAUAAACAGUUUGGAUUAAGUGUGGAAAUAUUAGAUUUUAACAAGUCUAAACUUCUCACCAUGAUUGCAAAGAUCGCUUUCCUCUGCGCUACCCUCGCAGCCGCAAGAUCUACUGGUCUCUUGGCUCCUGCCGUCUAUGGACAUGGCCUCGCCAUUAAGGCCCCUGCUGCCCCAGUCCUCGCAGCUCCACUCCUUUCCAAGACCGUUCUCGCCGCUCCACACCCAUACGCUCCAUAUGCCAAACAUAUUGCUCCCCUCCCCUACGCCACAGUUGCCAAGGCUGUUGCCCCUGUCACCUACACCACUACCAUCACCAAGACUGCUCCAGUGGCCCCGAUCCUGAGCCACGCUGGUCUUCUGGGUGCUGCUCCAUUGGCUUAUUCCGGACUCUAUGGACACGGUCUGGCUCAUGGACCUGGGCUCUUGGCUCAUGGACCUGCUUUGACCUACGCUCCAGGCCUCCACGGAGUUGCUUAUGCUCCAACUCUCCUCAACCACGGAAAGAUCCUUUUGUAAAACGAGUAUAUUUAUUUGUAUAAAUCUCUGUGAAUAAAUGUCUUCAGUGCUUA